CCAAAGGUCUCGUCUCAUUUCGAGAGAGAAAGUUGGGAAGAAAGUUCAAUCUCAGGUCGCUAAAGCGGAAAUCGGUGUCUGUUGCCGGAGUCUAUUUCUAUGGUAACUUUUAUCUUUUAGAAAAAUUUAAGUUUCAGGCUGAGAAAACAUGUUUCUCCAAGCCAAACUGCCAUGGAAUGUCAUGAUUCGAGCUGAAGAAUUGGACCCGAACGGCCACCUCAUGAUCAAGAGAGCUAUUCUCAUUCGCCUGCUAGAUGCCUUUGCUUCCAAGAAAGCAACCAAAGAUCUUGGCUAUUUUGUGGCACUCAAGAAUCUCGAGAAAGUCGGUGAGGGCAAAAUCAAGGAAAACACUGGCGAGAUUCUCUUCCCUGUAGUUUUCAGCGGAAUCACCUUCAAUAUCUUCCAAGGAGAGAUUGUACACGGUGUGGUGCACAUGGUGCACAAGACAGGCGUCUUCUUGAGAUGUGGCCCUUGUGAAAAUGUUUACCUAUCCCACUUCAAGAUGUCUGGUUACGACUACGAGUACAUUCCAGGAGAAAACCCGAUGUUCUUGAAUCAGACCAUGUCUCGGAUUCAGAAAGGUUCCACUGUUCGUUUCAUGGUGUUAAGUACCAAAUGGAGAGAGAAAGAGAGAUAUUUCAUCGCUUUGGCCAGCCUCGAAGGAGACUACAAUCUCGGCCCGUUUUAAAAAG